AUGCAUCGACAAACGCGGAGGUUUACAACCGUCGCCGACGCCUCGGAUGUGUCGCAGAUGGAUCCAUGGAAGGAUGAUCGGUGCAGAGAUUUUGUGGCCCUCAACACUAUCCAGCGACUCCGCUCAUACCACGCCGAUUCAUUGCUACCCGUGGAACCCAUAAACUGUGUUCGAGCAAAGAAUCUCUUACUGCUGCCCAAGGCAGAGCCUGAUGCGACGGCCUGUGAUACAACAGAAGGCUGCGCCGUUGAUAUGGCGCGUAUUCUGUUCUUUGGCCCUACAUCGUUUGUUUCACAAACAUCACCCGGUCGAAUGACAGCUUCCCCACAUGGUGGCGGUUAUAGUGGUAGACGAUCCAGUUACAUCCCUAGCGAGGAGGCCACAAAAACUGGAUCCAUUAAAGCAAUGGCGGAGGUUGCUCUUGUAGCUGCAGACACCCAGCAACAAAACGGAGCCCAUCAAAGUGGUAUGCAGAAUGGUGCAUCCGAGAAUGAAACAGUGCCAGGUGACAUUGGCUAUAAUCAACAGGAACACCCUAAUGACGCUUUUGAAGCAGGAGCCACUCCGCUAAAGAGACCAGAAGAGGAAAAUGCGGUAACUCCAGCACCUCGCCCACCAGAGCGUAUGGAUCAGCUUAUCAUUGCUUCUGAGGAAUGCAUGGAAGGUGAUAAAGGGGAGACGAAUGAAAAUGCCGAUACUGUUGAAGUUAUUAGGUUUUCCUGCGCCAUUGUUGACGCCAUUGUGGCGUACUAUCAGUCCCUCUUAUCUCGUGGUGUCGUUUUGGAUCGAUUUAACGCCAAGGAUCUGGCGUUUUCAUGGUGGGUUGUUGGACGGAACAUGGACGUGGCAGCAUUGAAUCAUCAUACUGGACCAACGCGGCGGGACGCGCUACUGAUUCUAGUACGGCAUUUUUAUUACGAAUUGUUGACAGAACAACGACCAAAGAAAGGUCUCCCCUCAUCAGACUCUUCCGCCGGUUCAUUGCGUAAAUCCAAGGAAUGUGAUGACCACCUGACUCAACAGGAAGAGAAAACAACCUACAAUGAAGAGGCGAAGCAGAACCAGCAGCAUUCGGAGGCAGCAGGAACAGGGGAUGAAGCCCGAAAACGACCACGAAGCCGCCUUGAUCCUACUCGCACAAGCCCUCCGCCUGCCAGCAGUCGUCUUCGUCGCAAAGUGCGAACAGAUGACGACACUGGCCAUGCAGGGAAGGUUGAAGAAAAACAGAAUGCAAAAGCUGCUGAGGCCCCUGCCACACCCCCAAUGUCAAGCACCCGGGUGAAGCUACCGGUGAAGCAAUCGUCGAAAGCAAAGGGAUCACAUGCCGCUGAAGGGCCCCCAGCAGCGCAAUCCACGGCAGAGGUAACAGCGACAGUAACAACACCAAAUAAAAAUCAGGCCCCUGCGUGCAGUGAUGGUGAUGUUGAUGGCAAUGCUAAAGAGAUUAGCGAGGCCCCAAUUGUUGAAAAACCACAUAGAUCUGUUCGUACGGUUAAUAUUGAAGAAGUUUGGCGUCCAAUUCGCUCAACACGACGGCGUCUCCCUCCCUCGAAAGACAGCUCGGAUUUUAUAGAGGCAAAUACUACGUUGAUGGAGAAGCGGGAAGAAUCAACUUCUUUCCUCAAUGCCGUGGUGCAACGCAUACAGGGACGGAUGACAAAUGAUCCCACCUACGCCGCUCUCCUCACUGCCUUCUCCGCCAACAGGCCAGUUGUGAAGAAGGAGACGGAAACUUCUAGCGGUAGCGUAGAGGAACAUGACUGUGGUGGAACAACUGUGUGUGGCAUGCACCCAGCGCUGGUGCAGCUGUACCGGUAUCACCACGUAGAUGCCCCUUCUGCUACUGUCUUACCGUUGGGAAUCGUCCAGGAGACAUCAGAGGAAGGUAACAAGGAAGGAGGACAGCAGGUGCAAUCUAUCGACCCAGCGUUGCAUUCAUCACUUCAAGGUGGAACUCUUCUUUCUUCCAGUUUCACAGAGGCUGCUGCUGCUGCUGUUGUUGCCGUCAAGACGGAAGAAACGGAUGAUGAGAUGCCAACGGCGGCAUCUCUGCUGACUUUGCAGAUAGGCAGCAAAAAUGAAGAAGUUGACACGACAACGCCUGUGCUGCGGCUUCCGUGUCGCUUUUCCGAUCUCACAUACGCACAGCAGUGCCUCCUGACGUGGGAAGCCUCACUCCUGCUUGACCCGCGACCGCCAGUGGCAACAGGGAAGAGGCAGCUAGCAUCGAAUGGAACGAAGGGCGAUGUGAAUGUAGUCGAAAGUCGGGGGCGGCGCUGCUAUGACUACUGGAGGAGCUUGUAG